AUGCAGAAUACAGGAAGGAGAACCUGUUUUUACCCAUUCACAUCGAGGGAAGAGUGGGAGGUCGCUGACUUCCUCCUGCAUUCUGCCCUUAGCAUGGCAGCAAUCGACAAAUUUUUGCAGCUCUCCAUGAUAAAACGAUUGAAGCUGUCCUUUAACAAUGCUAAAGAUUUGCGAGGUCAGGCUGAAAUGCUGCCAAAGGGACCAAGCUGGAAAUGCCAAGUCAUUCCCUCACUUCAUGGCACGAAAAGUCCAAUUCGACUAUUCUGGAGGGAUCCGGUUGAGUGUUUGGAGAGUCUCUUCAGUAACCCCCUCUUUCACGACCAACUUGACUUCGUCCCUCAUCGUGUUUACAAGACUGCAGCACGGCUCCUACAUGUAUAUUCAGAAUGGUUGACAGGUGACGCUGUUUGGAGCAUCCAGGAUCAACUGCCCCAAGGCGCAACAGUCCUUGGCACUGUGCUUUCAUCCGACAAAACCAAUAUCACGACGAUGACAGGUGCUAGGGUCGCACACCCACUUUUGCUAGGCCUUGCUAAUAUUUGUAUGUGCACUCGCACGAAGCUCUCGUCCAAGGCGUUUAUGCUCACGGCUCUCCUUCCCAUCCCACAAUACUUACACCCCAAUCAAUGA